UGAUUACCUUUACUCUAUAGUUAAUAGCUAUGGACUCCUCACACAGAUACACGACAUGGAGACCAUGCUUGCUUCCCCAUCAUCACCACCAUAAUCCUUUAUUCCUCUGCCGCCGCCGCCACCACCACCACCACCACCACAUUUCACCUCACUGUCCACUUCACGGCCAUCUUCUCCAGCCAAACAGGUCCCCCCUCACAUGCCCUAAAUUCACUUUUCCCCCAAAUCCUGAACCUGCUGAGUCUGUUCCUUCGCCAAACAGCACGAACCAAUUGAACUUGCAGCUUCCUGAUGUUCUGAUCGUACAAGAGGAGAAUGAGGAAUUGGAUGUGGAAGACGAAGAAGAGCCUAUUUUUGUUUUAACUGAUGAAUGGAGGGAGUUUUUUGCGAAAUCUGAAGCUAAAAGAAGAUUAGAAAAGAAGCAGGCCAGAAAGAAGGGGAAAAAUUGACUGGAGAACUUAUAAACAUCGAUGAACUUGUCAUCUUAAAGCAUCAGGGUGGCAGCAUGCCAGCAACUCCUUCAAAGUUGGAUUUGGUUAAAGAAUUAUAGGUACCCCCUUUUUCCUCUCCUUCUCGGGGACAAGCAGGGUGGGUGGAGAGAUAAAGAUGGUAUUCCAACUCCAUUAGAGACUAAAAAUUUAAGCAUUUUGUUACUGAUAAUGUACAUAUCCACCUGAUGCACACUUUUUCGUCUACAGUUUUUGAUUGUUA